AGACAUUUCUCGCGAGAAUAUGUAAGCAGGCCAUAGUGUCGACGGGAGUUCGUGUGGGACGGACGGAGAGAGUUUGUGUUGCCAAAGAGGAGGAACGGUAGCAAAGGAAUAGGAGAGGGGGAAGACAGACACGUUGGUGUAGGUGAAAGCAAUAGAAUAUUUCCAAUAUGGCAUCGGGAGACACAUUGUAUAUCGAGGCCGACGGUUCAGAAAUGCCUGCAGAGAUAGUUGAACUGCACGAAAUCGAAGUAGAAACGAUAGAGACAACUGUGGUCGGUGGAGACGACGACGAACACCAGCCUAUGAUCGCUUUGCAGCCUCUGGACUCUGAUGAUCCGAACCAUGUUCAUCAUCAUCAGGAGGUGAUAUUAGUUCAAACUCGAGAGGAGGUAGUCGGUGGGGACGACUCAGAUCUACGAGCGGACGACGAUUUCGAGGACCAAAUUCUUAUACCAGUUCCAGUCCCUGCUGCUGAAGAGGAAUAUAUCGAGCAGACGCUGGUGACUGUUGCAGGGAAAAGCUCUGUGGGCCGGAUGAAGAAGGGGGCUGGCGGCAGCGGCAAGAAAGCUGGUAAAAAGAGUUACUUGACUGCAGCUGAAGCAAGCAGUCGAAAAUGGGAGCAGAAACAAGUACAAAUAAAGACUCUGGAAGGAGAAUUUUCCGUUACGAUGUGGGCAUCAGAUGACAAGAAGGACAUUGAUCAUGAGACUGUGGUGGAGGAACAGAUCAUUGGGGAGAACUCCCCUCCAGACUACUCGGAGUACAUGACGGGGAAGAAGCUCCCGCCUGGGGGAAUCCCGGGAAUUGACCUGUCAGAUCCCAAACAGCUGGCGGAGUUUGCUAGGAUGAAGCCACGGAAAAUUAAGGAAGAUGAUGCACCUAGGACAAUAGCUUGUCCACACAAAGGCUGUACCAAAAUGUUCAGGGAUAACUCGGCCAUGCGGAAGCACUUGCACACCCACGGGCCGCGCGUGCAUGUGUGUGCAGAGUGUGGCAAGGCCUUCGUGGAGAGCUCCAAACUGAAGCGGCACCAGCUUGUACAUACUGGGGAGAAGCCUUUCCAGUGCACAUUCGAGGGCUGUGGAAAAAGGUUCUCUCUGGACUUUAACCUCCGGACACAUGUGCGCAUCCACACCGGGGACCGGCCCUACGUUUGCCCCUUCGACGGCUGCAACAAGAAGUUUGCCCAGUCCACCAACCUAAAGUCACACAUCCUAACACACGCCAAAGCCAAAAACAACCAGUGAGUUCCGUGUGUGGCCUAGAAAAACGGACCCUUUGUAUAUUGUUUCCAGGAUAAAAAAAAAAAAAACUGUGAGAGAACACCAUGACAGACUUUUUGAUAUUUGAUAAGUACAGAGGUGAGAAUAAUAAACACUGUAGAUGACUUACUCAGCCCCUCACCUCCCGAGAAAAGUGAAGAAAGAGGAAAGCGUCCUUUUUUUUUUUUUUCCUUUUUAACGAACCACCUGGUUUUGAAAGUUUCUUCUUGUGAAGAUGUGAAAGUCCGGGACCUGCGUCUACAGUCGAGCUAUUGCCACUGCAGCACCCAAAGAGAAGUCGGCGCUCACGUGUAGUGUAUUCUUUUGUGCAAACCAUCUGAAAGGAAACAAUGAAUUGCUUUUUUAAAAGUCAAAAUUAUUUGUUUUAAAGUGUGCAUAUUGUACACUUAUUUUUGACCUUAUAUGUAGUCAUGUUAUGUGCGUGCGUGUGUGUGUGUGUGUAUGUCUGUGUGUGUGUGAUCCCCAGAGAUUUAGGAUUUUUAGAAGAAUUUGCAGUUCUUGCAGUUCUGUUUUUUUCCUGUAAAAAGGAUAUUAUUAUUAUUGUUGUUGUUAUUAUUAUUGUUAUCAUAUAUAUAAUUUGUGGGGGGUAUCCUUUCAGGUUUCCUUUUGUAUAAUUACAACGCACAGUUGAUUUCUCAAUCAUGUAGAUAAUAGAAAUGUGAAAUGGUGUUAAACCUAUCAAAACCCUUUUUAUCUCUUAAGUUAUCCUGAUGUUAAUAGCAGAUGCAAAAAGCUUAUGUCCAUCACUGAAAAUCCUGUUUAUUUUUUUUCUUUAUUAGGAACAAACCUGAAAACAAUCUGGGGUGUCUGUUUUUGCAUAGUCAGAAUGUAUUGUACAACUUGAUUAACCCUUGUUGAUAUAAACACCCCCCUGUACAAUGGUGACCAGUAAUAAUAAAACAGCGGUCCCCA